AUGGAUCGACAUGCUGUGACACCGAGUAAGAGCAAAUUGGCUCGCGCUUUUGCUAAUGUUUUGCAUAUUCAAAGAAGAAAUCGAAGGCCAAAAUCUCUCAAAAAUGAAGAUCAAAAAGUAAAGAAUUACAUACAAAAUGAAGAAGCUUUACUAGCCCAGCUAUUCGCGAACAUUUCAGCUAUUAAAGCUGCAUAUGCCUUGUUGCAAUACGCUCAAUCGCCAUAUGAUCCUGAUUUUAUUCUAUCUGCUGAUGAAAUGAUCGUGUCCGAGCUGAAAUCUUUGUCUGAAUUAAAACAAUGCUACUUGAAGGAUCAAUUUGAUGAUCGUUCCCCAGAGAUCACUCGAGUUAUAGCAGAAAUUAAGGAGCAAAAGAACAUUUUAACAACAUAUGAAAUCAUGGGAAAUAAGUUGGAUUCUCAGCUUAAACUCAAAGACUCUGAAAUUAUAUUUCUCAGAGAGAAAUUGGAUGAAGCUAAUAAAGAGAACAAAUUGCUUGAAAAGAAGUUGAGUUUAAUUGACGACUUUCAUUUGUCUAAAUUAAGUAUCAACAAUUUUACUCUCUUCUUUCGAAAAACAAUUAAAUCGAUUUGGAGUUUUGUUUCAUUGUUCUGUAAAGAGAUGGAAUAUGCAGAAUGGGAUUUAGAUGCUGCAGCUUCAUCUAUUCAACCUGAUGCAAUUUUCUCAAAACCAAAUGACAAAUAUUACGCGUUUGAAUCAUUUGUUUGUCAGGAGAUGUUUGAUGAUUUCAAUGAUCCGUCCAUGACAAAACAACCAGAUAUAUUUUUCAAUAGAUUCAUGGAAUUGAGAUCUGUUAUACCAGCAGAUUACUUAGCCAGGAAGCCAAAAUCAACAUUUGCGAGAUUUUGUGGUGCAAAGUACUUGAAACUCAUCAAUCCCAAAUUGGAAAAAUCCCUUUUUGGGAAUUUGGAUCAUAGGAAUUUACUGAUGAAUUCUAAUGAGUACCCAAAGACACAUUUCUUUUACACAUUCUGUGAAAUGGCUAAGCAUAUUUGGUUACUUCAUUGUCUUGCCUUUUCUUUAAGCCCUGAAGCUUCCGUAUUUCAAGUGAGGAAAGGGUGUAGAUAUUCAGACGUUUACAUGGAAAGUGUGAACGGAGAAGAAACAUUCUUAAUGUCCAACGGAUCAUCAGAAACUGAACUUCGUGUGGGAUUCACAGUGAUUCCAGGGUUCAGGGUUGGUAAAAGUGUUGUUCAGUGUCAAGUAUAUCUCUGUCGGUGA